AGAUUUCACGCGCUGUUAUUCUCUCAGUCUCCCAGACUCGAUUCCACUCUUCUAACUACCACCCCCACACUCUUCCACAUCCCAGAAUGGCCAAGGGAAAGCGCUCCGCUGAUGCCAAGGGCAGCCAGAAGCGCCAGAAGAAGGUGCUCCGCGACAACAUCCGCGGCAUCACCCGCGGCUCCAUCCGCCGCAUGGCCCGCCGUGGUGGCGUGAAGCGCAUCUCGAGCGAGAUCUACGAGGAGGUGCGCCGCGUGCUGAAGGCCUACGUCGAGGACGUCGUGCGCUCCAGCACCGCGUACACCGAGUACGCGCGCAAGAAGACGGUGACGGCGUCGGACGUCGUGAACGCGCUGCGCAAGCGCGGCCACAUCCUGUACGGCUACGCGUAA